AUGGUCGCUUUGUCCUUGUUUCUGUCACUGAUUUCACCCGCUUUCUCCUGUAUUCCUACGAGAUCACCGACAACGAAACCACCUUGUUGCCCAAUGCUUUCAACGACUUCUCUGCCAAGACGUGCUCCCACAAAUCUUGACACUUAUGAACAGUGCUCGAUUUUGAGGCGAAUGUCCUCAACGUGUCCCAUCGACGGAAUCGUUUUCUGCGAGGCGGCUCCGGACACGAACCCAGCCGGCAUGCAAAUUCAAUUCUUCAACGCUGCUGGCAAUGUGGUGCGAACGGUGACGACUGCCGGGGAUUCUCUGGCUGUCAAGGUGACUUGCUGGAACGGGGUGUUCACUGUGCUCUCCGGUGGAAUCAAUGUGCCAAUCACAUCGGUUUCCUGUGCCCAGACGGGUUCUCAGGGACUUGACGAUGGCUACGUUUUGGGCAGCGCAAUCAGU